CGCACACUCUGGAAAAUGCUGUUCAGAGCCCACAGUCCCUAAGGACCCACACAGGCUGCAAAGCCCUGCUCUCCAUGCCCCAGCCAGCCAGGCCGGCUCAAAUUCUUCCUCUGUAUAAGGAGGGAAACAGACAGCUCAGCCCAGAGGGAUCCUUCCUAGGCAUAUCUUCCAAGUCACAAGGGAUCGCAUCAUUUCUAAGUACCCAUGGCAGAAGAGAGGGCUGUCCUCAAGGUCACCAAGGACCUGAAAGCUGCCGUCUCCACCAUCCUCCAGGGCUACGGGGACGGACUGGGACCAGUGACCGAUGCCAGUGCUGAGCUGCACAGACUCUGUGGCUGCCUGGAGUGGCUGCUACAGUUUGACCAGAAAGAGCAGAAGAGCUUCCUGGGGCCCCGGAAGGAUUACUGGGACUUCCUCUGCACUGCCCUGCGGCGACAGCGGGGAGACACAGAGCCGGACCGCUUUGUCCACUCUCAAGACAAGUUGAAGACCCCCCUGGGAAAAGGUCGUGCCUUCAUCCGCUUCUGCCUUGCCCGAGGACAGCUGGCCGAGUCCCUGCAGCUCUGCCUCCUGAGCCCAGAGCUGACCAGGGAGUGGUAUGGCCCCCGGAGCCCUCUGCUGUGCCCUGAACUCCAGGAAGACAUCCUGGACUCACUCUACGCUCUCAAUGGAGUGGCCUUCGACUUGGACCUGCAGCGGGCAGACCUGGAUGGGGCCUGGCCCAUGUUCUCAGAAUCACGCUGUCCCAAUUCCAGCUGGACCCAGGGAAGAAGACCCAGAAAAAACAAAGACUCCUCAAAAGAGAUCUCGGCUGCAUUUGGAGCCCCCAGAGGAGUUCAGCUGGAGGAGCCACACACUAGCCAAGCCGGCUGUCUGCAAGACGCACCCAGGGAGGACUGGGGGACUGGAUUCUCUGGGUCCCAGCAACACAGCCAUCCUCCCCAGUUUGGGGGAACAAAGAGUGACAAUUCCAGGAGUUUAGAGUCCCUGCAGAGCAUGUGGAAACCAGGGGUUGAGGGGCAUAAGCUAGACCAGGAGGAGGGAGCCCCGAGGACUGAGCUUUUCCGAGAAUCCUCAGCACCUAGAACCCCGAGGCAGGGAGAGAGGGCUAAGGGGGCUCAAAAGGAGGGGACAGGAACAGAGACUGAGUGCAUAGGGCCCCUGCUGGGUUCAAAGGGUCAGAGAACAACAGAGGAUGCUCAUGGCCAGAGGCUACCCUCCCAGCCUCCAACCCCAGAGAAAAGUUAGAAGAAGCAACGUCAGGGAGGGGGCGGGAGUGAGGAGCCUAACGGUCUGGAGGAGUCCUGGGUCUGGGACAGCGCCACUGCUGAGAAGCCAGAAGAGCAAGCAGGUGUGACCUGUAUGGCCAGGAAAGAGGAGCAAGCAGAGGUGCCCCUGCAGGACAUGGUCAAGAGCCUCCAACGGAGGCUCCAGACGGCAAAAGAGCAGGCCCAGCACCAGGCGCAGCUGCUGGAGGAGCAGGAGGUGCAGCUGCAGACACUCAGGGGGCAGCUCAGCAGAUGUCAGGAAGAGAGAGCCAGGCUGCAGGCGGAGCUGGAACAGAAGCAACAAGAGGCGGACAGGAGGGCCGCCAUGUAUGAGGAGGAGCUUGGCGGGCAGCGAGACCUGGUCCGGGCCAUGAAGAGGCGGGUGCUGGAACUGAUUCAAGAGAAGGACCGCCAGUGGCAGAAGCUGCAGCAUCUCUCUUCGGUGGCCCCUGGAUGCUGCGUUGCCUGUAGCAAGAUCUUUGGCCGGCUGUCUCGGAGGUAUCCGUGCAGGCUCUGCGGUGGCCUGGUUUGCCAUGCCUGCUCUGCGGAUUUCAAGAAGAGAGAGCGCCUCUGCCCACCCUGCGCCCAGGGAGGAGAAACCCAGAUCACCUGACCAGCACCAGGCCAGGACUCGCCACCCCACCCACCUACCCCGUCCACCCGCCCACUCCCUCCCCUGGCUCCUCCCAGUCCUCUGGCCUGUCCGCUCCUGCCUGCUCAAAGCUGGUGCUCUAAAGCCACAGCACUGAUGUGGACAGACUGUGGGAUGAGGAGUAGAAAGAACUGGCCUGACAGUCAGAAGGUUCUGGUCUACCACCCACGAGCUGGGUGACUUUGGCAGUGCCUUUAGCUCUGUCAAUCUUUUCCUAGCGUAAAAGAGUCAGGCUCCCUCCUCUCUGGAGGCCCUUUGUCUGUGAAGCAGACCCAGUGGCCUAACAUUUCUCCUGGGUACACCUCCUCACCCAGCUGCAGUGCCAACCCUCCACAACGCCCGGAGCAGCACCUUCACCAUCUCCAGUUCUCCAGGAGCUUCCUGUCUGCAACCCACUUCAGGCACCCAUGUUUAUUUUCUCUUGUUUCGUCAGAUUUUUAACAACUUG